AAAGAAGAGAAUUCCUGACUUAGCCUCGGGUUCCACCUCUUUUUCACCAUGAAUCCCCUGACGAAGGUGAAGUUGAUCAACGAAUUGAAUGAAAGAGAAGCGGAUCUCGGCGUAAAGGAAACGGUGUCUUGGCAUUCCGAGUACAAGGAUAGCGCCUGGAUAUUCAUUGGAGGGUUUCCCUAUGAGCUGACAGAAGGUGACAUCAUCUGUGUCUUCUCUCAGUAUGGAGAGAUAGCCAACAUCAACCUAGUGCGUGACAAGAAGACUGGUAAAUCCAAGGGUUUCUGUUUCAUCUGCUAUGAAGACCAGAGAAGCACUAUUCUGGCUGUGGACAACUUCAACGGGAUUAAGAUUAAAGGCCGGACCAUUCGUGUGGAUCACGUGAAAGACUACCGCCCCCCCAAAGACUCCGAGGACAUUGAUGAUAUCACUAAACAGCUGAGGGAAGAAGGCUGUGCCCCCAAGUUGCCUGGUCCCUCGUCUGAGUCGGAGGAAGAGGAACAGUAUGUGGUCCCUGUGAAGAAGUCAAAAAAAGAUAAGAAAGAGAAGAAGAAGAAGAAGAAGAAGAAAGAGAAGAAGGAAAAGAAAGAAAAGGAAAGGGAGGGGGCGAGGCGGUCUGAGCAGUCCUCCUCAUCACCGCUUCCUCCUGUCCGAGUCAAGCAGGAAAAAGAGGACACCAGCUAUGAAAAAUACAGCCACAGGAGGGCACCAGAGGAUGACAGAGUGGCAGUUGCUGAGCAACGCAACCCCCGCUCAGAGAGGCGGGAAGAUGACAGGGGGUCUCAUGGUCGCCAUGGAGACCAACGGAAUGGGGAGGGCAAGAGAGCUGUCAGGGAGGAGAGAGGGAGCACAGAGCAGAGGGACAGACGCACUGACAGAGAGAGAGACACAGGCAGGGAGACGAAUGGUGACAGAGGCAAGGAAAGAGAGAGGGAGAGGCCAAGAGAGAAGGGGAGAGAGUGGGAACCUGACAGAGAAAACGACAGGGUGAGAGAGAGGGAGAGAGACAUUCGCAGGGAGAAGAGCAGAGAGAGGGAUGGAGAUAGGAGUAAAGACCGUGAACGUGAGAGAGCGAGAGACGGCGAUAGAAGAAGAGAAAGAGAGACAGACAGAGUGAGGGAGAGAGAAUGGGAGAGCGAUAGAAGAAGGAACAGUAAGAGGGAGGGAGAGAGAGCGAGGGAAAGCAACAGACAGAGAGACAGAUAAAGGUGAAAAAAAGGCAGGAAACAUGGAGGCAGCAGUCAGGUGAGAGCUUGCAGGAAAUACCAAGAGCAGUGUUUACUAUAACUGUCACCCAUUUGCAGAAAGCCAGCUGAUAGUUCACUCAUCUCCCAAGCUGUGCAGAGGUGUUUACUUUCACAACUGCUCAUAGUUCUUGCAAGAUUGGGUGUUAAAAGAAUCUUAGAAUUACUCCUGGCCAGUUUUGACAGAGACCUUUUCCAUGGUCCUCAACCUGUUUGUCCACAGCAAGAUGGAAGGAUGAGUUCUUGGCGACAUAGCAGUGAAUGACUGUGGUUUGGCCAGAGAACAACAAUAGCAGUCAUCACAUUUUAUGUUUUUGGUCGUCCCCUGCCUUCAGUCGUCAGUAAUUGGUUCUGUCGUCAUCAUUAUCAUCAUGGAUGCGGUUUGAUAAGAUGUCUUUGGAGCUCAGCAUCAACACUUAUGGUUAUUGCUUCCCUUUCAACUGGGUACCUGGACCCUAACCCUAAGCUUUGGAUGAAAAGCGCUCUGAAUGAAGUCCCAACCAAAUGCUGUUUUCAGGGAGAGAAUUUUAAGUGAUUUUAUUUAUUUAUUAUUGGGUUUUUUUUAGGAGUUUCUAUUUUGGGGCAUGCAGCUCUCAUUUGUAUAAUGAUUAAUAAUUUUAACCUAACCCAGAGAUAUUCCUUUGGCAUGUUACUCUUAUUUUAAGGUCUGAUGCGGACAUCAACUGAUGGUUAUUAACUUCACUGCAGCGAUAGAGCUGAAAGUUGUUUUUUUUUUUCUCUCUCUCUCUUGAUUACGGGAACAAUGGGGAUGGUUUAUCCCAGCAUAUGUGAACUAACUGGAAAGGUCAGCCCCCCCCCAAAAAAUAUCUCUGAUUACAAUGUGUGCAGGGCGAAGGUCUGUUGAAUGCAGUUGUAGAAGUGAAGCAAAGGUUGUGUACAAAUCUUACACAAGAAUGUAAAUUGAAAAGGACAUUGAUUUCACAACAAAAUGCAACAUAAU